AUGAAAAAUUUAGGAAGAGCCAUGUGGGAAGAACUCGUGUACAAUGAAAUGCGCGAGGGGGAGAGGAAGUGUCUGCAGGAUAUUAUGUUAAACGACAUAUGGGGGGAUGCAGAAUCAAGUGAAGAUCAUGUGAGUAAUAGGGGGGAAGUAAACCCAAGCGACUUCAUCUUCACAAACACACACAAUAACAUUUUUGAAAAUUAUUCAGAUCAUGAUACGUAUAACGAAGUUAUAGAUUUGCUACGUAGGACAGAUGUAGCAGACAAUGUGGAAAGUAAACUUGAGGAGAACCCCAACUUCGUCAGCGGCGUGGAGGAGAUUGACAUAAAGAACUUCAUGAACUUCGACCCACUGUUUGUUAAGGUUUACCACGAGAGGGGAACAGCCCAGGGGGGAGACAGUACACGCGAAGCAACGGUAGAGGAGGAGGAAGAAGAAGGAGGCAACAAAGAGGCCUACCCUGUGGAGGGACUGGAGCAGAGGAAGGUUGGGAAGGAGAAAAACGCACGGGCUAGCGGCGAUUUUAGCGACGACGAUAUUUACACACCCAAGGCGCUGAAGAGGAAAAGGGAGGAGGGGGAGAGAGCAAAACAGAAAAUUGAAAACGAAAAAGGUAACGAAAAAGGUAGCGAAAAAGGUAGCGAAAAAGGUCACGAAAAAGGUCAUCAAAAUGGCAACCAAAAUGGCAACCAAAAUGGCAACCAAAAUGGCAACCAAAAUGAUAACAAAAAUGGCAACCAAAAUGAUAACAAAAAUGAUAACCAAAUCGGUAACAAAAAUGAUAACCAAAUCGGUAACCAAAAUGACAACCAAAUUGGUAACCAGAACGGUCUGCGAAAAGGCUCCCGAGGGGAUGCGAACGAGAAAAGCUCCACUGUAUCGGUGAGGAAAAUAAAGCCAAAGAGGAAGACCCAGGUGCCUGUCAGCAAACGUGGUAUCAGCUCCCUCCCAUCAGUGAGGAAAAGCACGUGGAAGGGAAAGAAGAGCAACACAGGUACAACCGACAGGGAGAAGAAAAUAGAGGAUCUCUAUUCGCCCAUAAAAACAAAACGCAAGGAAGCCUUUUCCAAUGCAUUCGAUAUCCUGAUUAAACGAAAAAACGAAAAGAACGAAGAAGCCAUUAAAGCUUAUAACGAUAUCAAUUCAAGAAGAAGAUCAAGCAGAAACCGAUCGAAGAGUGGAGAGAGUGAUAGUAGUGAAGAGUGCCCCACAAAGGAUUACCGACUAGGAUGCCGUCUAGACCGGACAAAUGACAGGAAGGAUGAAAAGAGGAAGAAUCAUAAAAAAAAUGGAGAUGACUUGAAAGAUGGAUGUGAAGAUAUUCCAGAGAAAUAUCAACACUUGAUCGACCAAGGUUUAGAAAUCAACGUUUUACGUUAUGCCUUAAGCAUGAAGAUGAGUUCGAACGAACAUGUUAAAGAGUCGGACAUUAUCGGACUGUAUGAUAUUAAGAAAAUUAUAAAGGAUAAAAUUGUGAAUGCUAUUUUGAGACCAGAUUUAUUUACAGGGUUAAAUAGAGCUGCAAAAGGGAUACUACUAUUUGGUCCCCCAGGAACAGGCAAAACGAUGAUUGCAAAGUGGGUGGCCUCUCAUUGUAGAUGUUCGUUUUACAACGUAAGCACAUCUUCCCUGUUUAGCAAAUACAUUGGAGAGACGGAAAAAAUCAUAACUUGUCUGUUCAAGUGUGCAGAGGUCGAUAAUCCAUCUAUCCUCUUUUUCGACGAAAUAGAUUCCAUCCUAGGUAUGCGUAAAAAAGACGAAGACGACACAACCAUAAGGAUUAAAAACCAGUUACUACAAAUGAUUGAUGGUAUUAAUACGAAGAAGGACGCUGUCAUUGUUAUUAUCGGGGCAACCAAUCGGCCUGAUAUGAUAGAUGAUGCUGCAUUGAGAAGGUUCAACAAGAGAGUCUAUAUCCCCCUUCCAGAUUUACAAGCAAGGAAAGAACAAAUACGUUACAUAAUAACGAAGCACACACACUCCGGGUUCCAAAUGAGUGAAGAAGAGUUGGACUCCAUAUCACACAAAUUACAUAACUGGAACGGAAGCGACAUUUACCACCUCUGCACCAAGUGUUAUGAGUACGUAUAUGAUGAUGCUGUGGAGCAGUACAACGGAAUUGAAAAUAUUCCUAAUGCGUCCAUCUUCAGGGCCAUUCGGUACGAUGAUUUUAUGAAGGCCAUGUCCCAGGUGAACACAUCCUACAAAUGCGUGUUCGAUUAUGAUGAGUGGAGUCAGAAGCACGGCGCGCUCUGA